AUGUCGAAAGAUGAGAACAUACCGGAAUCUGGUAGAAAGGGCCAGGCCCAGGCAGAAUUAGCCCUUGCUCCUUCUGAGGGCUGGUCAGCAGAUCCUAAGCUUUCCGCCUCACUUCUCACCAUAGAAAAUGUGAAAAAACUGCAAGAGGAGUAUCCUGUGGCUAAAUCUUCCCUUGCUAGACAGUCCAUAGAAGUCUAUCUUCAGCAGAGUAAUCUAAUUGUCGAAGAGAAUGAAGCCAGUAGAAAAGAGCCAAAUCUGCCCAAUGAAGAAGAAUUGGAGGCUGUUUCAGACCAUGACAUCACUGACCGUUGCCAUCUUGGAUACUGUGAAUUUUGUGCCGCUGCCUUAAAGCCUUUUCCGACAGCAGAAGAACUGGAAAAUGAUCCAGCAAAAAUGGGAACGCUUCCUUGCUGCAGAACCUACCGGGAGAUCUUGCAGUGCGUGCUGCAGGAACUCAUGGAAGCUCAGUCCCCAGGAAGCACAAUCGACAUCACGCCUCAUCCUCGCCUCUCGCAGAUUCUGCUGAACAGCAAGACCAAAAGCUUCCUGAUGGAGGAGCUUCAAGAGCGUGGGUUUGAGAACUACAAGGAAGUCUUUGAGCAAUAUAUGAAGCUUGGCACAUGUGUCAAACUCGUAUUCAAAAUUUCAAACUACCCUCCCAAACCGAAGCCAAUUGCUGUUAAGAAACGUCCACAGCCCAAAGACCUACUGAAGAUAGACGUGGAGUUCAAGCCAAAGCACUUGAAGCUUUGCCACCCUAUCAAUCCUGUGAAAAGAUACUACCCAGAUGGAAAGAUAUUCUUUCUUCUUUUGCCGGAUGGAACAGGCCAAGUGUAUUAUCCAUCAGGAAAUAUUGCUGUCCUCAUUACCUAUUUAAAGGAUGUUCAGUUCUCGUACAUCGUUCUAGCUGACAGCCCUUACAACGGGCUCGUGGCCUUCUUCACCAACCAGGGAUAUGCGGCGUGUUAUUACCCCGACAGAAGCAUCAGGGUGAAUCUGGACCUUUGCUGUGGCUCCUCGUAUGAUCAAAAAGGGUUUCAACAGAAGCGCUGGAACUGGUGGGACCUCUCAGACCACGUUCACGCACCUCCAUUUCAGCCCAUCGUUAUGAAAUUAAAUAUCUACAUCCAGGUUAAAAUAGAAGCCCAGGAUCAGAUUUCCCUAACAUUCACUAAACUUCAUAACUGCAUCCUGCUGAAUGUGGGGGCAAGGCUAAAAUUGAAAGAUCCAGCCAUGCUGCCGUUUCUUAAGCCAGAAAAAAGCCAGAAACCUUUUGUCAGCCGCUCCAAGAUUGUGAAGAUCCAAACGCUUUUAGACAAAUUGCACAAAGAACUGGAAGCGAUGCACAACAUUGCGCCGUCUGAGCCAACAGUACACAUAGAUGUCAUUAUCUUGAUCAUCAACCGUAUAAAACGGUGGAAGAACAGUAUGUUAAAUAAGCGGAGAAAAUGA